AAAAGUAAUCAAGGACACCAGACAGGUGCGGCUAACGACAUUACAAGCUCUUGACACAAGACGAUAGAACUACCAUCUGGACCAACAUGUUGCUGGCCACUGUCCUUGCUUUCUGUGCCCUACAAUGUGUAGCGGGGUACACAGUGACCAUUUACCCUGAGUACCUCGUACAGGGAGGAAGAACCAACUUCGACCCUGAUAGGUGGAAUGGCAAAAUGGGUCUGGACUCUAAAGGGAGUUUGCCCUAUGUGAAGAAAACAGGAGCACGUACUGGAAGAUGGCUGAAUUCAGACUUGAGCUAUUUUGACAAAGUGACCGAGGAUCCAAAGCGAAAGGGGUAUCCGAACCCUGCCUUCUUCCAAAACAAGCAGUUUCAACAACAGUUGGUUGAGAAAUAUCUUGACAAUUUGAAUAGAUAUGGAAAAGACAAACCAAUUAUGCUUGAACUGAAAGGUUACCUAUGGCCUCCCUGGAUGGACACAUCAGCCCACAAUGGCCAUUUUCCAAACAAUCUGGAUGCAGCCGCAGAAACCAUAUCUCUGCACGUUCAGGCAAUAUACAACGGCACUAACGGCGCAGUCCCUCCCUAUUUUGAACCAAUCAAUGAACCGAACACUCUUGGAAAGUUGGACGUCGACUGGACCACCAUAGUGAAUGUAUUCGAGCUUGUGGCCAAGAAGGUAAAAGCCAUACACCCCAAGAUACAAAUAGGAGGGCCUGCCUUUACUGCUGGAAUAACGACAAUGGAUAAAUGGGACUUUAAAAAAUGGAGCACAAUGACACAAUUCAUGAAUAUGUCUCUUGGACUGUUCGACUUUUUUUCAUUCCAUCCUUUCAAUCACUUCAGCGUUCAGGGAAGCAGGCAUCACUUUUACGGCCCGAAUGAGGCUAGGAUGGUUGGAACGGUGGACAUGGUAGAAACAUAUGCCAAUAUGAUGACAGGCAAGGAUAUUCCAGUCAUAUUCUCCGCUCAUGGUCUAUCAACGGUCACAGGCAUCGAUGUCCAGAAACCAUCGACCUUCCUGGACUGGGCCUACAUCAACCUUCACAACUCGAAUAUAUUCACCUUUCUUGAGCUUCGAUAUGUGGUGGAUAGGGCAGUUUCCUUCCUCCUCUUUUACACUGAUCGGAAAGGCCAAGAAAGCAUCAACUAUAGUAUCCUGGACAAGCAUUACCACGAGAGAGACAUAGCUCUGGCCUUCCACCUGUGGGAGAAUAUCACCAGCAGUAUGAAGUUCCUCAGAUCCGAGAGUCAGUUCCACCAGGCAGAGCGGCAGAUACAGAGUCAUGCACUUGUGGAACCAAGUUCCAAAAUGCUAACCGUUCUGCUACACAACUAUGACACAGCUCAAGCUAAUGUGACACUAGCUUUUGACAAAGGAUGGGUAACGUUGACCCACGGACAUCAACCUGUCUGUACCUCAACAACAGGAGGGCCACUCAACUGGACAGGGAAGUACCUGUUCACGUCAAGGGAAAUCAGUAACAAGGACACCCAGAGGCUUUGGGCAACAAUAGAGUACCAUGUACCUACUGCCAUCCUCAAGAAUGCCAAUGCUGUCAAGAUGACCUUUGCUCAAGACAAAGGUCGCGUUCCUGCAAUUGCUUUGACACUGAGGAAAGGCCAAUGA